CUCCCUCCCAUGUCUACUCUGAUAAUAGCAGUUUUUCUCUGAUGCUUUUGUAACAACUUUUAAAAGACUGAACGUCGAUCCUUCCCUUUACUUGGUGACCACCUUUGUAGGCGGGCUUGCUUCAGCAAAACCAAGUUUACGACGACUUGUCCUGACAACCUUCACCAAUCAUCAACUAGGCAACACACCAUACCACCACCACCACCACUAUAAUACACAACAGACAUCAUCAACAAUACAUAGAGUAGUAUAUAAAUGCUAGGGACUCAAAUUACACCCAUAAAAUACAUACGUCGACUAAAUUUGUCUCGUAACGUAAAUCUUCUCCACUUUAUUUGCUUGAGCUUGCAUUUCUUUUUUUCCCAUAUGCCUUUUAUUUUUACAGUUUGGGUUGUGACAAACAGUUGUCUGGUGUUAUAUAUUCGAAGGCGAGAGGAAUACAAAUUGGAGUAUAUGAAACUUUGCGAGAUAACCUUCAACCAACAAGCAAUUUCAUUUACGGCCAGGAGGUUUUCAUUAUCUGUCCUUUUGCCACUUCUUAAGCAAAGCAAUGCAUUCCAGUUCAUUCAAUUUCAAAAUUGAGAAGAAAUAUACCACUUGACUGUGGAGGCAUUUUAAAAUCAACUCCAUAGGAUGGAUUCCUCAACAGUUUCAAGUAAUACCUGUGUUGUUACACUUGUGAAAAGAAACUCAUUAAGUUCUGUAAAACUUGGAAGUUGUAGUGGGGUCUUUAUAAACCACAAACUCAGAAUUGUAAUUGCACAUGCUUCCCUAUUGGCUGAGCUUAACUCCAAAGACUAUGAACAAUUAAGAAGAGAUCUCACUGCUAAUAAACUUACUAAUUUGCUGCCAAAUCAUAGUGCCGAAGUCGUGUUUGAUGCAAGGAGGUAUCAAGUGCAGAAUUCUUCAAAUCAACAUUAUGACUUGAGUUCCAACAACCAUCAGAAUAUUGCCAGAGAGAAAGAGAUGUACACUAUCAUUCCUGCAGCUAUAGAACUAAUAUUCAAAUGUGAAAGCUUUCAUCAAACUUCAGAACAAUUCUUGGCCAAAAGUCAAGGAUGGUUCUUCCUUCCAAGAAAACACUUUUUUUUACCUUAUUUCAUUUUGAUCAAAUUGCAAAACUAUGAUGGACUUCUUCCAAUAGAACCUCUACUUGUGAAAUCUUCUGUAGAAUGUAAUCCUGGAGAUACAGUUGAAGUGUUUGGUACACCUUAUGGCAACUUAUGUGUUGAAGUGUUCUUAAAUUCUGUGAGCAGAGGUGUCAUCAGCAACUACUUUGGUCCAAACAAAGUUCAAAUACUCACUGAUGCUCGUUGCAUUCCAGGCACUGAGGGAGGACUUGUUUGUACUUUGGAUAAUAAUAACCUGAAAAGAGCCAUUGGAAUAGUUGUAUCUCCAUUUUGUUGGAAGAAUCAAAACUGGAUUGGGUUAACACUAGUCUGUUCCCUGGAAGAAAUUUUAAAUUCCAUAGCCCUGGCAUUAAUUGUUUCAGAACCUGGAGAAAAUCCCAAAGAAUUAUUGAAGCCAUUUUCAGCAUCACCAUUGAAUACAAACUCAUCUGUAUCUGGUGUCAGCAAACAUCCAGCAUCAAGUCCUUACAAUUUUACAUUGAGUGAAAACAUCAAGCAGUAUUUGUGCCAUGUUAUUGGUCAAAAGGGCACUGGAACAGGAAUAUUAAUCAGCCAUGAUACCAUACUAACAUGUAGCCAUGUUGUCUGUGACAAUUCUGAAGUUUCUAUAAAGUUGAAUGGAGAUAAACAUUGGCAUCAGGCAACACUUGUCUACUCUACUCCAUUAACCGAACCUUUUGAUGUGGCUGUCUUAAAACUGAACAACUACUCUUUUUUGACACCAACUAAAUUGCUAUCUUUUCCAGAAAUCACUACGGCCGUUGAAGAAUUGUUGAAGCAUGGAAUAAGCUGCCUACAUCAAUUGUUAGCUAUCAGAACACUGCAACCAGUAGGUCAUCAGAGUCCAAUGAUGUCGUACGGUUUCUCACAAUUCCUGCUGGCUGUGGUUCAUCACUGCUCUCGCUGUUGGAUUCUUGGAAUGCCAGUCUAUGCAGUUGGUUUUGCUUUAUUCACCUCACAUUCAAACCCUCAGCCGACUGUAACAUCUGGAGUGGUUGCCAGACUUGUUCAACACAAGCAAACGGAUAUUCUUAUUCAGACUACUUGUGCUGUUUACCCUGGAUCAAGUGGAGGUGCAGUUAUGUCAAAAUCUGGAAAUAUUGUUGGAAUGGCAUGCUCUACUGUCAAAAUGAUGAUUAAUCAGGCCCAUGUGAGUUUGGUCAUUCCAAUGACAACAUUGAAGGUUAUUACUGAACCCUAUCUGCAGGAUAAUGAUGCUGAAUAUUUGAAACAGUUAUGGCUUAAAUCUGGCAAGGAAAGACAGAUAUGGAAAUUACAGUCUACCUUUGAUUGUAGCAGGAAUCUUCUCAGUAAAUUGUGAUCAAAUAUCUUAAAAUUCUCACUCUAAUCUAUGAUGGUGGCACUGGUGAUGAUGUCAAUGGUUCUAACGCUGUUGAUGAUGACGAUGAUGAUGGCUGUGGUGGUAGCAAUGACAGUGGAUUAAUUAAAUUUGAUUACUAACAAAGAUAGUAACUGUAGAAUGUUUGAAUGAGAACAUUCUGUAGUCAAAUAGUCAUCUUUUGGAUGCAGUUUCUGGUGUCUGUGGUAUGCAGACACCAUUGUGGGAAUUAUUUGAUGUUUGUAGGGACUCAGUAACCAAUCA